UCUAAAUCAUUGCAAUUACAAUAUUAUGGAGAGCAAGGAAAGUAGCCUGGGAACACCUUCUGCUGCAGCAUCUAAUGCAGAUGAUCUAGGUUUAACCCAAUUCCAAGGCUUUUGGAUCCCUUCUCGGAGUGUUCCCACUUCAUCCAUAAUCGCAUUUCAGAAAAAUUUCCAGGCUCUUGAUGAUGAUAUCAUUGUUGUAUCUAAGCCCAAAUCUGGCACCACUUGGCUGAAAGCUUUGGUGUUUUCCAUCGUCAACCGCCAUCAUUAUACGUUCUCAAACACCCCCUUGAACUCUACAAAUCCUCAUCUACUGGUUCCUUAUUUGGAUAUCCAUCUUUACAAAAAAAAUCCUAAUCCUGAUCUCUCUACAAUAUCCUCUCCAAGGUUGUUUUCUACUCAUCUCCCGUAUCCAAUGUUAGCCGAUUCCAUCAAACGUUCAAAUUGUCGGAUUGUUUACAUAAUCCGUAAUCCAUUUGACAUCAUUGUCUCACUUUGGCACUUUCUUAGAUUUAUGGAUGAUCAGUCAGUGGAAGACCAUUUUGAGAUGUUUUGUAGAGGUGAAGAAGGGUAUGGACCCUUUUGGGACCAUGCUUUAGGGUACUGGAACAUGAGCUUGGAGAAGCCAUCGAAUGUAUUGUUCUUGAGAUAUGAAGAGCUGAAGGAAGAUCCAGUGGCUCAAACAAAGAGAUUGGCUGCAUUCUUAGGAUUUCCUUUCUCUAUCGAAGAAGAGAAAACAGGUAUGGUUAAUCAAAUUGUUGAUUUUUGCAGUUUCAACAAUUUGAAAGAUUUGGAAGUCAACAAAACUGGGAAGAACCCAGGAUCUAUAAUACCUAAUAAUAAGUUAUUUUUUAGGAGUGGGAAAGUGGGUGAUUAUGUUAAUCAUCUCUCUCCUACUGCUGUAGAACGUUUAAGUAAUAUUUUGGAAGAGAAAUUAAGUGGAUCUGGUUUAACUUUCAAGUAAGUUGCUAAUAAUAUUUGUUUAUGUUAUGUUCAAUAUUUCCUUUCUCUGUAAACUUGUUAUCUCUACCUUUUGUUUGCUGUAAUAAAAUUAUAUUUUCACCUUGAA